GGAAAAUCGGUGGGUGCAACAAAGUCGGAGUAUUGGAGGCUCGAGCAUUCUGCUCUAAACACGUUUAUCCACGAGUCCGUCACUCAGGCUGUGUAAAACCGAGACAGAGUAUCCACGCCGCUGAGCAGAAAUAGCCCGCCGGCUGUACCAAGUGGAUUGCCGGCUCGUUAAAAGAAGCAAGAUAUGGAUGCAAACGUGACCGUCCCCGCUAAACGGCGCUGCCUUGAUGCGCAAGACAACAAAGAAAGGGAGAGUCAUCUUUACGACGACGUAGACCAAUUGAAAAACGAGACGUGGAUUAAGUGCAAAGGAACUAAGCGAGAUUUGCUUACUCUCACUGUUGAUGCAUUAAACGAAUCCGAUUGUGUAACGGGGGAUAAAUCAGCAAACAUUGAGAACUAUCCGCAGGAAACUGUGAGUUCCAGGAAAGAAGAAAUUGCUCAAGUGCUUUCGAGCCCGGAAACGAAUGUAACGUUAUCUAAUCAAGAAGCCAAUGAAUCUCUGUCCGAGGUUGGUGUUACCAAUGGCAAGCUGACUCUUUGGCAAUUUCUCCUGGAGCUUUUGCUCUCGAACAGGUACACCGACUUCAUUCGAUGGACAAACAGAAAAGGUGAAUUUGUUCUCCUACAAGCUGAAGGCGUUGCAAAGCUUUGGGGUAUGCGCAAGGAUAGAAAUCACAGGAUGAAUUAUGACAAGCUGAGUCGAGCUCUACGAUAUUACUACGAAAAGAACAUUAUUAGAAAAGUUCAUGGUCAUAAAUUUGUGUAUCAAUUUAUUGGUUUGCGCAAUCUCAUCAAGUUUUGUGAACAGAACGGCCAGGAGGUGACUUUGCCGCCUGGUGAUUGGGGUAAAAUUUCGGGUGGUCGACAGUCCAUGACGAUAACAAACGAUCAGAUCAACAUCAAAACAGCUGUACCCGGGACGGCGAAUGUUUCUGCAGAGGAAGAGGAGCACGGAGAAAAUCUAAUCGUGGCGGACCACAAACAACAAAUAAAUGUUCUGUCCACGAAGAAAGUAAUACCUGCCAAGGUGAUGGAUGUAGACCUGGAGAGCUUCGCGGAGGAAUCAAGUACGGAUGAAUCGAUGAGCUCCACAAACUACAACGUGCCGGAAUCGAAUCAUCGAGGUUCACUUUCACUCGGUUCUCCCGGCUCAGGCUGUUUGAUCGAAUCCAUUUCAUUAAAAUCUGGUCUACAAACGUGCUUCUACAAACCUAAUCAAAUGUCCACACAAGAGCAGUUUUCACAGGAACAGCUCAAUAAAUUUUCAAGUCUACUAUCUACUUUCGCGUCGCUGUCAUCAUUGUUUCCCUCUCUAUCUUCCCUGGAACAGUCGGUCAGCUCUCCCGGUGAUCCAUUUCCACAAUGCUCUGACGCAUGGAGCGUGCCACCAUCCCUCCAGCCAUCAGCAAAACAAUCACAUCCUCCAAUGUCUAGUUUGAACGUGAAUGCACCUGUUCCAAACGUGUGCAAUCAAGUGGAUAGCCACACAUCUCAAACAGCCGCUGUAGGUAUGACGCACUCCUGUAAUGCGUUACCACAACAAACUUUGAAUGAAUCUGAAGUGUUUCAUCCACCGUUGAAUUUGAAUGCGUCAGUAUACUACCCAGGAACGGGUCUUCUUCCAACCAGCACUCAGCAUCCUCUAAUGACAACGUCCCAUUUAACUACAGGCAGUUUAACCGUUUCGGCCAAAAAUAUGAUCGAUCAACACACUGAACAACGCUCACCGACACCACACUGUCAUUGCAGUUGCCACGAUAAUUCAAAUGGGAGUUCGAGGCAGGCAGUAUCCCAUCCGUCGCCACCGCUCGCGGAACCAAACAUUGGGAUAUAUUCUUCUUGUGCAAGUGAUUCCGAACAUCGGAAUCGAACAACUCAGCAAGCAAGUACUCCUUCGGAAUCCUCCCCCAGCCAACUCCACCAUCAAAGACACACGAUUAACAUGCAACGUCUUAGUGAACAACUUUGUCGAUUAAACCGUUUGCAAUCAACUUGUCCCAGUUUGCGAACAACAAAUCACUAUCCCCAUCCGAAUAUGUGCGAUCCGAACAGCGUUAAGCUCCCCCCACAAAGUUUCAAUACAAUCUCCUCUGCGCCGGGACCUUCAAACCCGAAUUUGGCGGGUGACAUACCCAUAAAUCUAGACUUUCGUCCUCACGCAACCGACAAAAAUAACCAAUGCGUGUGGAUGCCCGUACCUGUGGAAAUGCUGACCUCGUGGUUUAACCUUUUGAAUACAAUGGUUCCUCACCAAGAAACCAACACUCAAGUGGCGCGUGCCUGUGGGAAUCCAGUUCCAAUGGUUAUUAGCCGCCAUCCUACUGAACAGUUUAUUAAAACCGAACGUCCGGAGGACCAACUACGUUAGGCCAUGUUUUGUCCUUUUUUCCCGCCCGUGUCUGACUUACCGGACCAUCCGAA